GACUGCGGACACAGUACAGGAGAUGACCAGAGACAGCAGACAUAGUACAGGAGAUGACCAGAGACUGCGGACAUAGUACAGGAGAUGACCAGAGACUGCGGACACAGUAUAGGAGAUGACCAGAGACUGCAGACACAGUACAGGAGAUGACCAGAGACUGCGGACAUAGUACAGGAGAUGGUCAGAGACUGCGGACACAGUACAGGAGAUGGUCAGAGACUGCGGACACAGUACAGGAGAUGACCAGAGACUGCAGACAUGAUACAGGAGCCAAGCAGAUCUUGGUGCAGGCAGUGUGGUUGUGGAGGACGGACAUGAUGCGGCACUCAGGAAUGUACAGACGGGCUGCGACUGGGAGACACGCAGAGCGCACAGGGCGAUCCCGACACAGCGCCACCUGCUGGCCUCAAAUUUUGUAGUCAGGGAAUG